AUGAAUCGCGGUUCGGUGUGUUUUUGUCCCUCGGUCUUUCCCGUAGUCGGAGCUGGUUAGCCGCAGGGGAACAUGUGUUAUUACCGACAUGCUAAUGUUUAAAAGGCGUUUUUUCUGCGUUUGCUGACAUUACGGACGUUACUGCCGGAACACCUGCAACACCUGAUACACAGCUGAGAACAGGUGAGAAUCAAAAUCUGUCUCUAAAUAUUUCUAAAGGAUUAAAGUUAAAGAUAAACACAUAGCUAGGCUCUCUGAUGCUAGCCUGCCUGCUAACGUUAGCCGCUGUGUUGACUCUUUAAAAACCUGAAAAUGUUCUCUAAUUUAAACUGAUUUAAACUGAUUUUAACAACAGACCGACAAAUAAAGACCGUCUCAUUUCAAUGUAUUAACUUUAUUUCACUAUGAAGUUAAAAUAAACUCUUUAGAGUCUCAGAUGUGAGCGGAGCCUGUUAGCAUAAAUAGCUUCAGAGUUACAUAAGAGCUGUUUGUCCUGUGGGGUGGGGGGGUUGUAAACAUCUGGACAGGUGAGCCGCAGGUAAUCAUUACGUAAUCUGACGGGGGUGGGGUGGGGGCACAUUCUGGAACAAGAACAGUGUUAUUCUCCCCCCACCUUUUAUUUUUACAUACUAAUAAUAAUAAUAAUGGAAAUAAUAAUGAUUAUAAUAAUAAUAACAACAACUAUAAUAAUAAUAAUAAUUAUUAUUAUUAUGAUUAUUGUUAUAACUAAAAGAUAAUGAUGAUAAUAAUAAUAGAAUUUAUAAUAAUUAUAAUAAUAAUGGAAUCUGGAACUGAUAAAAGCGUGGAAGCAUCAAGUGCAGGACAACCACAAAAUCUACAUCCUCUAAACACUGAGAGAGGGAAUUUAGUGCAGCUGGAGUAUUUGGAGAAAUCGGGGGGUAAAUCUGGAUGUCAUCAGCAUAACAGUGAGAGCGUAGGUUCUGUGUUAGUACAGAGUUUGAAUCUUCUGGGUUUGGUGUUUCUUAAAGUUCUGAAUUAGAUGUUAGCAGCAGCAUCUGAGCUUUUCUAAGAGACCCUGACCAGCAUGUUGUGAUUUUAGGGGGAAAAUGGCGGACAAAGCUCCAUCUGUGGCCACGGCGGCGGUGCUGAAGCGUAGCUGCAAACUCCCUGAUGGAACUCCGGUCAUUAGAGGCUACGACUUCAACCAGGGUGUGGACCUCCAAGCGGUUCUGAAGACCUACCUGACCACCGGCUUCCAGGCGAGCAGGCUGGGUUUGGCCAUCGAGGAAAUCAACCGCAUGGUAAGAGUCCACUAUGUGACCCACUGUGGGUGUCAGGGUUCACUGAAGGUCCACUGUGUGGGGUUGGGGUCAGGUUGACAGUGUUUUCAAACAGGACGCUCUGAUCUUGAGUCGGGACAGUCUGGUGUCUGUGGCAUGUUUUCAGUAGGGCUUAACGGUUUUUAGGAAAGAUCAAAUUGUCAUUUUUUCUGGCAGAUACUGUGAUUUUGAUUCCCUUCAAAUUAAGCUUCAGUGCAACAUUUAGAAUAUGUUCAGUAACAUUUACAGACAUGACAGAAAAAUCACAUCAUACCAUCAAAAAGAGCUUUGACCGUAAAGAAAGGAUGAAGAGUGAAGGUAAGAAUUGUUCCCAAAUGUAUGUAGAACAACAAACGUAAUUCUCUAAAGUCCUUGACUAAUGACAGUUAUUACACCCUCAUUUCAUCCUCACUUGGUGUGAACGCCACAUAAUAAUGAUUUCAUUCAGUCUGGGUCUUAUAAUUCCAUGACUUACCUGCGUCCAGUUUCAUGCACUCAUGUUUGUUCACUGUUUCAUACAUUUCGUUUUCAUGCAGAUAUAAUUAGCCACUGUAGGGUAAGCAGCUUUUUCUUCCUCUUAGUCUCGCUCUCUUCUCCCUCAGAUCGAGAAGCGUCUGGAGCCUCAGGAGGCGGAGGAGGAGAAUGACUACAUCGGGGGGGUGGAGCCUAAGCUGGGCUGCACCAUUUUCUUGGGUUACACCUCCAACCUGAUCAGCUCAGGGAUCAGAGAGAGCAUCCGCUACCUGGCCCAGCACAAAAUGGUACGACUGACAACGAUACCAGAGAUAGAUUCAGAAGAUAUAUCUAUGUCUAUGAUAGAUGUCACACUGGUGAGGCCGUAACAGAUCAGGCAGACACAGCAUCAAACUUCCGUAGAUAUGAUUUAAAUUAAAGUCCACUUGGAGAUGUCAGUGAAGAUGUUACUGUAGAUGUUCUCCAUGGUGAUUGUAGAUGUUACUAUGGUUACUGUAGAUGAAACUGUAGAUGUUACUGUAGAUGUUACUUUAAAUGAUACUAUAGUUACUGUAGAUGAUGCUGUAGAUGUUAUUGUAGAUGUUACCAUGGUUACUGUAGAUGGUACUAUGGUUACUGUAGAUGUUACCAUGGUUACUGUAGAUGGUACUAUGGUUACUGUAGAUGAUGCUGUAGAUGUUAUUGUAAAGAUGUUACCAUGGUUACUGUAGAUGGUACUAUGGUUACUGUAGAUGAUACUGUAGAUGUUACUAUGGUUACUGUAGAUGAUGCUGUAGAUGAUUCUGUAGAUGUUACUAUGGUUACUGUAGAUGAUACUGUAGAUGUUACCAUGGUUACUGUAGAUGAUACUAUGGUUACUGUAGAUAAUGCUGUAGAUGUUAUUGUAAAUGUUACCAUGGUUACUGUAGAUGUUACAGGGCUCGGUCAGGGGUCCAGGGUCAGAGUCUGGUACAAUGAAUUGACUAUGGUCGUCUGUGGCAGGUGGACGUCAUAGUUACCACAGCUGGGGGCAUUGAGGAGGACAUCAUUAAGUGUCUUGCGAGCGCUUACCUUGGAGAUUUCAACCUGCCAGGCAAAGAGCUCCGACAGAGAGGAAUCAACAGGUGAGAAAAACCCGAUACUGUCACAGCUGGUCCUCCUGUGGACCCCAGGAAAGGUCAAAGAACCAAAGUCUUCAGCAUGAAGAUGCUUGUAUCUGUGUCUGUUUGUCCCUAACCUCUCUUGUGUUCUGGUUCUGGUCGGAUCAGGAUCGGGAACAUUUUGGUGCCCAAUGACAACUACUGUUUGUUUGAGGACUGGCUGAUGCCGAUCCUGGACCAGAUGGUACUGGAGCAGAACACAGAGGUGUGGCUCUUUGCAUGUUUGUGUGUUGAUCUGAUAAGUUGUAGAAUUGUUUGUAGUUUUCUUCUCAGAAAUUGAUACAUUUUUGAUCAUCUUCAGUUAUUUGUUAUUGAUUUCAGGGCGUUCGCUGGACUCCAUCAAAAAUGAUCCAUCGUCUGGGGAAAGAGAUCAAUAAUCCUGAUUCAGUGUAUUAUUGGGCGUACAAGGUGAGACAUGCUGUUAAAGACAGGAACUCACACCCUCACACACACCUCAGUGUUUACAGCUCUGUUUUGUCUGUUUUAGAACGACAUCCCCGUGUUUAGCCCCGCUCUGACUGAUGGGUCCAUGGGAGACAUGAUCUACUUCCACUCCUACAGGAACCCCGGCCUGGUGCUGGAUAUAGUGGAGGGUAAGAUUAAGAUGGUUAUAGACAGUCUAUAACAGUCUUUGUCUAUAACAGAAUAUCAGUCUAUAACAGUCUAUGUCUAUAACAGAAUAUCAGUCUAUAACAGUCUGUAACAGUCUAUGUCUAUGACAGAAUAACAGUCUAUAACAGUCUAUGUCUAUAACAGUCUAUGUUUAUGAUAGUCUAUGUCUGUAACAGUCUAUGUCUAUAACAGAGUAUCAGUCUUUAACAAAAUAACAGUCUUUAACAGUCUAUGACAGUCUAUGUCUAUAACAGUCUAUAAUAGUCUAUGUCUAUAACAGUCUAUGUCUAUUACAGUCUAUAACAGUCUGUCUGUAAGAGUCUAUAACAGUCAUCUAACAGUUUAUAACAGUCUAUGUGUAUAAUAGACUAAAACAGUCUAUGUUUAUGACAGUGUAGGUCUAUAACAGUCUAUGUCUAUAACAGUGUAUUACAGUCUAUGCUUAUGACAGUCUGUCUAUAACAGAAUAACAGUCUAUAACAGUCUGUCUAUAACAGAAUAACAGUCUAUGACAGUCUAUGACAGUCUAUGUCUAUAACAGUCUAUAACAGUCUAUGUCUUUUACAGUCUAUAACAGUCUAUGUCUUUUACAGUCUAUAACAGUCUAUGUCUAUAAUAGAAUAACAGACUCUCUCUCUGAUGUUGACAGAGGACAGAGUUUCCUUAAUGAUUGACGGCUCUUCUCUCCAGACUAUUUUUGACUCUUUAGUGUUUUCUUGUGUGUCCGGGUUAGUGAGGACUGUUUCUCUGUCAGACAUUCGCAGGUUGAACAGUCACUCAGUGUUCGCCAAGAGGACAGGGAUGAUCAUCCUGGGAGGAGGCGUGGUCAAACAUCACAUCUCCAACGCUAACCUGAUGGUAAAGAAUGAUCCUCAUUCCUUCAGACUGACUAUAAGGAGUCCGUGUAAAAUCGUUAAAUUCAUGUAUCAGCGUUUGAAUUUGAUGUUUCCUGCAGAGAAAUGGCGCCGACUACGCCGUCUUUGUGAACACGGGGAAUGAGUUUGACGGUUCGGACUCUGGAGCUCGACCCGAUGAGGCCGUGUCCUGGGGAAAAAUCAAAGCGGACGCACAGCCCGUGAAGGUAACGAUGACCUUUACAAAGGUCAUAUUAACCUUCGCAAAGUGUUUCCUCAGACUCAGGCGAGCGGCGGCGCCGUUUGUUUUAGUCACAUCCUGUUGUUGAAGAAGAGUCGAUGGAUACCUGAGACUCAAUCUGAUGCAGACAGGAGUGUGUGUGUGAGAGAGAGAGAGAGAGAGAGAGAGAGAGGAUGUGCUUGGAUAAAUAGAGAGAGAGAGUGGAUGUCCUUCCUGCUGUGACCUCUAGAGGGCAGUAUAUGCUAAGUGUUGAGUCAGAUGAUGCAGCAGAUGUUUCUGUCUGUGUUUGUGUGUGUGUGUGUGUGUGUGUGUGUGUGUGUGUGUGUGUGUGUGUGUGUGUGUGUGUGUGUGUGUGUGUCGUACCACAUGUCACUCACACACCUGUUCCGUCUCUCAGGUGUACGCAGACGCCUCGUUGGUCUUCCCUCUGAUCGUGGCGGAGACAUUUGCCCGUCAAGCCGACAAGCUGAGCGCCAUGAAGAAGAAGGAGUAG